AUAGAUGAUCACAUGAACAGAACCACAACAACAAAAUCACAGCUUACAAACUGCAUCGACAGAAAAUCUGAUACAUCAGUCAUAUAGAAUAUAUGUGAGGAGUGGAUCCAGGAGACGACUGAGCAGGGCGAGGCAUCAACACAACUUCCCCUCCACCAAGGGACCAGCACCAGGCCAAUCAUAUGCUGUGAUGAGGAUGGACAGAUGUGAAAAGGAUGAGACCGUUUACAACACAAAGGAUUUCUGCAGACGCUACACCUGUGAAACGUCACAUGAGCAGAAGCUGAAUCAGCUGUUUUGAUGCUACAUUAAAAACAAAAAUCAAACUUAUGAAGUUUUAAAUGACAAAAACUUGAUUUUAAUGAGAUCAAAAAGUUUUUUAUAUGAUUUCGUUUUUCAGUGUCAUCAUUUUAAUGACAACCAGGUCACAGAUAAGUGUGGAGCUCAUUCUUCCGACAGCACGUGAAGGCAGCAGCAGCAGCAGCGGCGGCGCGUGGUCCCCGCCCUGCUCCGUCCUCAUUCUGCACGCGCCCUCCGACACACAGGACUCACCAUCACUCAUCACAUGUUCUGGUCCUGGUCCUGAUGGCAGCUCAGAGGGUGGGGCGGCGGGUCAGUAAGGUCUGUGGCAGUCAUAGGUCACCGGGUCAGAGCCUGCAGCGGCGACAGGCCCGGGUUACCGUCAAAUACAACCGGAAGGAGCUGCAGAGGAGGCUGGACGUGGAGAAGUGGAUCGACUGUGGACUGGACCAGCUUUACCGGGGACGGGAGGAUGAGAUGCCGGAGGAGGUGAACAUCGACGACUUGCUGGACCUGAAGACAGACGAGGAGAGGACACGCAGACUGCAGGAGACCUUCCUGUCCUGUAACAACAACACAGAGGUGUUCAUCAGAGACCUUCUGGUUAAACUUCACGGUCUACAGAAGCAGGAGGAUCUGCACAACGACGGCAUCGACCUCCCUCAGCUCCACAUCUACCCGAGCCGCUCCGGAUCAGCUGACAGGGACGUCCUUCACCGAGACACCAAACUCUGCUGAGGACAGGAAAACAAACACACCUGCAGUCUGCAGCAGUCUCAUCUGUCCUGAGUUUAUCAAAUCGAUUUUAUUCAAAUAUCCAUCACUUCCUGCUGUGACGCCUUCAGAGACAUUCAGGCCCAACAUGAUGUUUAAACUUUGUAACAGCCGACUCUCGCUGGUGUUUCCUACCUGAGAGAGUCGGCUCCUCAGCUGACAUGAGGUCAGUGUGGACACACUGUUUCUCUCCACCAGAGGGACUCGCACGUCUUCUUCAAUCACACAGAAACUUCAGUUAGUUUAAACAACGAGCAAAAACACAUGAACAUCAUCAACAGUCCUCUCUUCACUCAACAACUCCAUCUGUCCUUGCUCUCUGGUCUGUCCUUGUUCUCCAGGAGAGUCUUUUAUUGUUUGGACAUGAUUUGAAAUAAAUCUUUGCAUUUGAAAUAACUCAUCCUUCAGACUCCCCCUGCUUCUUCUUUCUGUUCUGCUCAUCAUUUCUGUCAGUACUCCAG